AAGAGCAGUACUGCCUUGUAACGUCAAGUGUGCUAACUGUCGUGAAAGCACAUCGACGGAAGAAGAAGUGUGCAGGACGCUAAUAAGUCAGUCUUAUUAUUUAUUAUCCAGUUUGAAAUAUUUACGUCGUAUAAAAUACAUCUUUGAUUCUUUAUUCAAAGAUAAAGUCGUCUCGAUGCGCUAGAAGCACUGUGCCGCUUCUCCUGCUAUUUUUGCUUGUUAGUUAGCUUAGCUCGCUAGUUAGCUUAGCGUGUUAGCUGCUAACAGAAGACACAGAAGUUAUCAACACAUCGCUAAGUAAAUAUCAAGUGUGAGAGUAAAGUGUUGUGAUUGUGUGAAAAUGUCUACAUUACACAUGUUGAGAGCGUUGGUGGAUCAGCGACUAACUGCUGCCGUUGAAGAAAUAUUUGUAGUGUUAGAAAGAACGAUAGCAGAAUACGAGGCGGAACUUUCUAGAACAAAAGAGGAAAACUAUCAACUACUGGACGCUGUUUUCAAGAAACAUCAAGUUGUGUUACACAGAACAGACCUCAAUGAAGAACGUCUACCGCAUGAGGAGGAGGAGGAACCACAGACCCCCAACAUACAUGAGGAAGAAAAGCUACCACAUUCCCAACACAUUAAAGACAAAGUAGAGGAGCCACAGCCCCCCCACAUUAACGAGGAAGACGAGAUGCCACAGACCCAUAGUGUUAAACUGACCCUUCACAUUAAAGGGCAAGUGGAGGACCCACUGAUCUUACACAUCAAAAAUGAAGAGGAGGACCCACUGACCCCCUACUUUAAAGAGGAGGGCCAAGAGCCACCGCACAUUAAAGAGGAAGAAGAGGAACACCGCAUCAGUCAGCCUAAAUGGUUGGUGGAGUUCCCAGUGACUGGUGUCCCUGUGAAGAGUGAAGAUGAUGAGGUCAAAGGUGAAAGUGAGGAGAAGAGAGAGGCGGAGCCUCCAAGCAGCAGCUCAACACAACACAUGACAACAGAAGCUGAUGGAGACCACUGUGGAGGAUCACAAGCAGACAAGCUCUUAGCUCCACUAUCAGAUAGUGAGGACACAACGUCACACUCUCCUGACACUGAUGAUGAAGACUCUAAAGAUGAUAAGACAUGUCACACUGACAACACUCACUUGAAAUGUUCUUACUGUGACAAAACCUUUAAAUACCAUUGUCAUCUGAAAACACACAUGAGAAGACACACUGGAGAAAAACCUUUUUGUUGCUCAGAAUGUGGUAAAUGUUUAGUAACAAGUGGAAAUUUGACAUUACACAUGAGAACACACACUGGCGAAAAACCUUUUAUCUGUUCACUCUGUGGUAAAGGUUUUGUACAAAGUUACAAUUUGAAAGUACACAUGAGAACACACACUGGAGAAAAACCUUUUUCCUGUUCAACCUGUGGUAAAGGUUUUACACAAAGUCAGAAUUUGAAAGUACACAUGAGAACACACACCGGUGAAAAAUCACAUUGCUGUUCAAUCUGCAACAGAAGCUUUUGUGAACGAUCAAACCUUGUAGCACACAUGAGAACACACAAGAGAGAAAGUGUUGAGUUGCAGUGUGUGUGGUGAAAGAUUCUCUUAUAAGUACCAGUGUAAGAAACACAAGUGUGCUGGUGAGAACAGCAGCAGCAAAUGAAACUGCAGGAUUUGAAAUAAACUGUCAAGACUUUAAUUUUGACUUUCUAACAACAUCAGCACAUAUAACAUGUGUGACAUUGUUGUUUGUGUAACAAUCUUUUUAAUAUGCUUCUACAUUUAUAAAUUGGACAGUUUGAAAUAUGGAAAUAUUACAUAUUUGUAUUUCUAAUUUUUAAUAAUUCCAUAGAUUAGCCCCUAUUUAUGAUAUACAUAUGUACUGGUUCACAUCUGAAACAUCUUCUGGAUCACUUCAGGAAGCAUAUUAUUAUUUACUUUAUUCAUCAUUUAAACAGUUGUCUUUUAUUAACUUUUAAAAUGAGUGACUUUAGGAGUCAUUUGUCUCUAUAAUCCAUUUUAUUAAUUAUCUUUAUUACUCUCUUUAGUAAUAUGAUGAUUGUGUUGUGAUUGUAUGUCCCCAGACCUUUAUGCAAUAUAAAAGUGAGAGAAAAUGGCUGAAUUGUUUGUGGAAGGAUGGUUUUUAAAUUUUAUUCCAAACUUACAUUCGUGUAUAAAACAAAAAUUCCCAUUAUUGGGAUUUAAAUAUUUUUAAUGUAUGUUUUCUUUUUAAACAUCCCCAAAACAAUAUGAAUAUCAAUCAAAGUUCGGAGUGUCAGGAAAAAGCCAAUAUUGUACAUCAUCCCACAGAGAUUUACUUUGCAUACUGUUGGAGCCAAAUUUCCUUAUUUGUUUAUAUAGUUUUUAUGUAGUUUUCUCUAAUUAAUUGCUGGCCUCUCUUCAUGCUAAAUUUCCUUUUCGGCAGAUUGCUCCGCCCACUUCCUCUCGACAACCAGGAGGUGUUGACAGGGAUGGAACCGUUG